AUGCGCGCUUCUGGCAUUGCUUUGCGAUGGCUUCUCGCCGCUCAACUCUCGCUGGCUCAUGUGUGCCGAGUUGACAACGGCCAACAGCAGCAGCAGCAGCAGCAGCAGCAGCAGCACGAGUCACUCGAGUCCCCCCCGGACGACUAUACGCGGCUUGGACGCGCGGCAGAUGACGAGGUUGUGAACCUGCGAAUCUACCUCUCCCACUCGCACAGGAACUAUCUGGCCGUUGCACAAGAGGUUUCCGACCCAGCAUCGGCCCAGUAUGGCCAGCACCUAAACGCUCGGCAACUCGCCCAGGUUCGGCCGGAUACGUCAGAGGCCUCGGCCGCGGUCCAGCAGUGGCUUCGGGAUCAGCGCGUUCCCGAUCGUGACAUGGGCACCGCCGCCGACCAGGUGACGGUCAAGCUCACCGUCGGGGAGGCCAACCGCCUUUUGCGCACGACCUUUGAUCGCUACCGCGUCGGCGCCGGCCCGGACGUCCUGCUCCGCACCACGGGCUACGCCAUCCCCGACGCCAUGAAGAAAAACGUCGACUUUAUCUACCCCACGGUGCACUUUUUCCGCCGCCCCAGCGGCCGAGGCGCGCGUCAGCAGCUCGGCAAGAGGCAGCGCGCGCCGACGGGGCCGCAGAACUGCACCAACAACGUCUGUCCGCCUCAGCUGAGGGCCCAGUACAACAUCGACUACCGACCCGCGGACAACGCGUCCGGCAGCGCCAUUGCCAUUGCCGGCUUCCUCAACAACUUCCCCAACGUGACGGACGUCGUGGCCUUUCUGCACCAGUACGGAGGCGUCGGCGCUUCCGACCCCCUCCCGCCCAUCGGCAUUGUCUCGGUCGGAAACGGCACCCUGCAGCCGCCUUCGGACGGCGGCUCGCUGACGGUCGAGGCCGAGCUGGAUCUCGACUACUCCAUGGCCUUUACCGGCCCGCUCCCCGUCACCUUCUACACCGUGGGCGGGCGCGCGCCCAAGGUCGGGGAGCACAAGGCUCCUUCGGAACCCAUCUCUCCGUUCGACGACGAGCCGUUUGUGGAGUUCUUCGAGUACCUGCUGGCGCUCGAGACGCCCCCGCAGGUCGUUUCCGUGUCCUACAGCGACGACGAGCGCUACGUGCCGCUGGCCUACGCGCGCCGCGUGUGCGACCUGCUCGCCCAGGCCGCCGCGCGGGGCGUCUCCGUCGUCGCGGCGUCCGGCGACGGGGGCGCGUCCGGCACGGGCGGCAACACGCAGUGCCUCGGCCCGGGCGGGCGGCGGAGCUUCAUACCCACCUUCCCGUCGGGCUGCCCGUGGAUCACGUCGGUCGGCGCCACGGCGGGCUGGGGCGGCGUCGCGAGCUACUCCUCGGGAGGCAUGUCCAACGUGUUUCCGCGUCCGGCCUGGCAGGACACCCAGGUGCGGCACUACCUGGCCGAGCUGGCCGGCAAGCACGAGGGCAUGUACAACGCCUCGGGCCGCGCCUACCCCGACCUGAGCCUGCUGGGCGACAACUACCUCACUCUUACGCGCGGGUACCCCCUGCCGCACGACGGCACCAGCGCGUCCACGCCCGUCUUCGCCGCCAUGGUGGCCCUGGUCAACGACGUCCGGCUGCGCCGCAAGAAGCCCCCCGUGGGGUUCCUGAACCCCCUGCUCUACGCGGCCAGGAGCAAAGACGUGUAUCGGGAUGUGGCGGACGGGAGUGAGACGAAUGGAUGCGCGGACCGCGACUUUAUAGCGCCGGGGUGGGAGGCUCUUGCCGGGUGGGACGCUGCUACGGGGCUCGGCGAGCCGGACUUCAAGAAGCUCAUGGCUGCUUUGGCGUAG